AUGGGAAGAAAGGCAGGAGAGGACAACAUUCUCGGUGGAAUUGGUCUUUUUAUGCAUUCUUCAUUGGAGUGUGGUACUAGUAAUCUAACUAAAGAGAGAUUUGUAUUGGAGAAAGAAUAUGACCAAGAUGAGCUACUACAUGGCAUCCAGAACGCUCUGACAGCCUUUGCCAGAGGGGGAAGUACUGCUACCAGAUCUCCCCUCACUGCCACCAAGGAAACUAGCAGUGCCGGUGAGAUCAAACUGGGGGAUGUGGAUGCUAACGACAGGGGUCCAUUGAAGGUUCUGUUUUUGUCGGCUGAUACUGGAGGUGGCCACAGAGCGUCUGCGGAGUCAUUGGCUGCACAGUUCCUGAGGCACUUUCCUGGCAGCACCUACGACCUUCUCGAUGUUUGGACACCUUGUGGAGUCUACCCAUGGAAAACUUUAGUAGACAGCUACACACACAUGUCGGCACAUCCCAGGCAAUGGAGGUUUUUCUUCCACACAUCCAAUAUGUUCCUGUCGGAGAAGGGCGCUGACUGGCAUUCCAACCUGUUUUGUGGAAAGGGGAUUCGCAAGAGGAUCAUUGAAUAUGACCCCGAUGUUGUGGUUUGCGUACACCCCGCCAUGACCGGGUCUCCCUCCUACCAAUUGGCACGGCUCAGCAAAAAGCUCGGCAAGCACGUGCCAUUCUACACAGUGGUUACUGAUCUAGGAACGGCUCAUGCUACCUGGUUUCGAAGCAAGCGAUGCGACAAGAUUUACGUUGCCUCCGAUAGGAUCAAAAAGCUGGCCAAACGACGAGGACGCUUCCCAGAUAAUAAGAUUGUAGAGGCCGGACUGCCCAUUCGACAAGCAUUUGCCGAUGAAGAAGAAAAACUAGGAGAUCGUACCAGUGAGGCCGGAAGAGCCUACCAAGCAUCCGUUCGAAAAGAACUUGACAUUGAUACAGAUAGACAAAUGGUUCUAGUGAUGGGUGGGGGAGAAGGUGUGGGAGGCCUGGAGACCAUUGUCGAUGAGCUAUACACCCAAUUCAUGAAAGAUGGUAUCACUGCAUCCAUUUACGUUGUUUGUGGUAGAAACGAAAAGUUGAAGGAAAGCCUCGCCAGCAAAGACUGGAGCGCACUUUUGACACAGGAGAGAAAAACGAGAAAACGAGACAGGGUUGCUCGAAUUUUCAAAGGAGGCAAAAAGGCAGAAGGCGAAACUCCCACAUCAGCAGAUGAGACUGCCAAGGGUGAUGUCAAAGUUGUUGGACUUGGGUUUGUCACAAAGAUGGCGGAGUACAUGGUUGGCGCGGAUGUUCUGGUCUCGAAAGCUGGGCCAGGUACUAUUGCUGAAGCUGCCUGUGUUGGAUUGCCUGUUAUGAUGACCAGCUUUCUGCCGGGUCAGGAGGCUGGAAACGUCGAUGUUGUGCUGGAAAACAACUUCGGAGAAUACAACGAUAAACCGGUCGAGAUUUCCGAGAUUGUCUCUGGCUGGCUUCAGAACCCAGAACUCCUAGCCGAGAUGAGCAAAAACGCAAAAUCAGUAGGUCGCCCUCAUGCAGCUGAAGAAAUUGUGAUUGACAUUGGAACUUGCGCCAAUGCAUGGAAGAGUUUGGACUCUGGUGCAGGCAGGAUGUCGGACCUUUAG